UUCCUUGGUGCAAAUAGGGUUAAUUUAGGGAAGUCAAGCCAAGAAAAAAAUAAAAUAAAAAAACUAAAUGGUUAGUAUUUGAAGGAUUUUGUUUCCCUAGAGAAAGAGGAAAAGAAAAAAGAGGGUGUUGUUGUUCUUCAUUCAUACGUUUAAUUUCCCAGUAUCCAAAACUAACACAAAUUUUUAUUACACACAAUACACAAACGCCCUUUCUCUUUGUUAUCCUAAAACCAAAUCUCUUUUAAUUUUCUCUCCAAGUCGCUCCAAAUACACAAAACCCUAACCGCUGUAAUCUUAAUCCUAAUCCCUUUCCCUCUCUCACCUCAUUCUCAUUCCUUUCCCCCUUCUCUCUCUCUGUGCCGUUUUUCUAUAUUCUUCUCUCAAACGUUUCGGCUAUCCCAAACAUUUUUAUUUUCCUUUUCGAAAGUUUAACCGCAAACGCAUUGGUUUCGAUUCAGGGCACAGAGAUUAUCGGGACGAUUUCGUUUCUUCGCCAUAAUCGUUAAUCGAACCAGGUAGGGUUAGUUCUCCGCCUCUUUUUCCCUAUUGAGUCAAUUUACUUGUGUUGUAAGUCUUUGGCGGUGUUUUUGUUUUCGUUGCUCAAACCCUAUGUCCUCUGGAAGUGAAUAGAGGCGCAUGUUUGGGUUCUAGGGUUUCCAUAUUAGUGGAUUAUUUUUCUUCUCUUAUUUUUUAAUAUAAAUUUGGACUUCACUCUCUGAUUUCUCUGGAUGCUUAGGGUUUUAAUUUGAUUAAACCAGUUUCUAGGAGUGAAUUGUUAUUCGAGAAUAUUGGGUAGUCCUUUGCCUAAUUUGCUUGGCAUAUCUGACUGGGGUUUUCUAUUUUUAUGUUGGGCAUAUAUGAGAGUGUCGUGAGUUGCUAGUUAUCAUCCCCAAAUCCAUCUUUCUUUGAAGAUGGAGGUGUAGUGGGUUCCUUUUCUCUCCAUUUUUUCCCUUUCUGUUAUUGUCGCCUCUAUUGUAUCUUGUUCUUCCAUUGCCUUUAUUCUCAUCUUCUGGGUAAAUACAUCGUGAAAUUUGUAUUUGGUCGUCAAGUGCAUGUAUGUGGAGGAAGAACACUUGUUACUGAGAAGUACCAUCCAAUGUAUUAUUUGAUUAAUUUGAAGUGAUUGCAAUACAAGUUGGCUCACAUAGGGAUAGGAAAAACCUUGGUGGUGCUUGGAGUUGAGGGUUACUUUGUUUGAAGGAUAACGUGUUUUGGUUUCCGGGUUAGCAACUGUGGGAACAUUGGUUGUUCAUUGAUUGUUUUGCCUGAGAUAAAUAAACCGUAAGUAUCCCGUAUUAGUUAAUUUGUGUGCAAUUGAAUGAGUGUGUUGCUAGUUGGCUUUGUACUGUGAAGCAAAGGUUGAAGUCAUAAUUCAGUUAUUGUUUGUCGAAUCAUACCAAUUUGGGAAAGGGUUGAGGUUGUGAAAUUGGCGAGAGCGUUUCUGUUGUAGUAUCUGAUCAUGUUCAGUGCUCCUUAUGGAAAGAAGUGAACCCGCGUUAGCUCCACAAUGGUUGAGAAAUACCGGAAGUGUUACUGGGGGUGGCAAUUCAGCCCACCACUUUGCGUCUUCUUCUCACUCUGAUGUUUCUUCUUUGGCUCCUCAUGCAAGAAGUAGAACUUCUAAGAUCUUAAGUGAACUUGAAACUCGUUCCUCUUUUCUUGACCGGUCUUCCUCAUCUAACUCGCGAAGGAGUUCAAGUAAUGGCUCUGCUAAGCAUGCCUAUAGUAGUUUUAACAGAAGUCACCGUGAUAAAGACCGUGAAAAAGAAAAAGAUAGGUUUGGAGACCAUUGGGAUCGGGAUUCCUCUGACCCCUUAGGAAAUAUUUUUAACAGGGUUGAGAAGGACACACUUCGGCGUUCUCAGUCUUUGGUUUCAAGGAAACCAGGUGAGCAAUUGUCUCGAAGGGUUUCUACUGACUUGAAAAUCUCUAGUAAUAGUAACCAUAGCAAUGGCAAUGGCACACUUUCUGGGGGUCUUGGUUCUAGCAUCCAAAAGGCUGUCUUUGAAAAGGACUUUCCCUCACUAGGAACUGAAGAAAGGCAAGGUCUCCCAGAUAUUGGAAGAGUUUCCUCUCCUGGUUUUACUACAGCUGUUCAGAGUUUGCCUGUUGCUAAUUCUUCUUUGGUUGGUGGAGAGGGAUGGACCUCAGCUCUUAUAGAGGCGCCACCAAAGAACGGAAGCAGUGGCUCAGGAUCUUUUACCGUGCAACAAUCUGUUGCAGCAGUUACUUCAGGGUCUGGUGCUCCAACUGCAAUGGCCGGUCUUAAUAUGGCUGAAGCUUUGGCACAGGCUCCAUCUCGAACUCGUGCUGCACCACAGUUGUCUGUCAAGACACAAAGGCUCGAGGAAUUGGCUAUAAAACAAUCAAGGCAAUUAAUACCAGUGACACCUUCCUUGCCUAAAACAUUAGCUCUCAGUUCUGAAAAAUCAAAGCCCAAACCAGGUGCCAGAACUGGUGAAAUGAAUGCGGCUUCUAAGAGUGGACAGCAGCAGCAAUCCUCAUUGCAUAAUGUUAAUCAAUAUCUACGUGGUGGAAGUAUGAAGCCUGAUACCCCAAAGACAUCUCAUGGGAAGUUUCUUGUUCUUAAACCAGUCCGGGAGAAUGGUGUAUCUCUUUCAUCAAAAGAUAUCACUAGCCCAACAUAUAAUUCCUCUACUAUUGCAUUUAAUACUCAAGUUGCUGCCGCUCCUCCAGUUGUAUCUGCUCCAACUAGGAGCCCCAACAGUCAGAAAGUUCCCUCUCUUGAGCGCAAGGUUGCUGCUCUGGAUUUGAAAACAGGAACUGCUUUGGAGAAGAAACCUUCUUUGUCUCAGUCCCAGAGCAGGAAUGAUUUUUUUAAUCUGAUAAAGAAGAAAACUUCAGUAAACCCUUCAACGGUUCUCCCAAAUUCAGGUCCCCAUAUUUCAUCUCCUACUAGUGAAAAAUCAGGUGAAGAGGUUAGGGAGGCAUUCAGUGCUCCUGCAAGUCCUCACACUGUUGAAAAUGGUGCUGAAGUGAAUGGCAAUGGUAAUAGCUGUAAACAAAUACAGAGGUUUUCUGAUCGUGGAGACGAUGAAUGUCCCAGUGCUGCUUUAUAUCUUGAUGAAGAAGAGGUUAAAUUCCUCCGAUCACUUGGAUGGGAUGAAAAUGCUGCUGAGGAUGAAGGGCUGACAGAAGAGGAGAUCAGUGCAUUUUAUGAAGAGUGCAUGAAGAAGGGGUCAUCUUCCUUAAAAGUAUGCCGUGGAUUACAGCCAAAGUUUCCGACGCUGCCUGAAUCUCAUGCUAACCCUGGUGGAGCUUCGUCUGAAUUAAGUUCAUCUGACUCGGGAUCUGAUGCAUGAUAUUACUUAUUACUUCUUUUUUUCCCCCCUUACAUAAUUAGAUCCAAGAAGUUCCAAUUUUUUUUGAAAGCAGAUGGUUAGUUCCUUUUUUUCAUUUUAUUUUUUCUUUUUGUUUUGAAAAGAAAGCUGAUGAGUUGGGUAUGAAAGAAGAGAGGUUGGGUUUUGGUUGGAACUCUGUAUUCUGCAAAUAGUGCAAUAAGUUACAGGUGCCCCAGUCCUUACCUUUUGCUAAAACGGGGGUUUUUUUAGGUUCCUAAACUGUUGUUAGGGAGAGGGGUAGUAGGGUAGGGGCUGUUUUGUCUGGCUGUGAAAGGUGCUUAGAAAUUGCGUCAUUUGGUUGGUGUUAUUUUGGUCCUUUUCCUUUUUUUUAUUUCAGGAGGGUUUGAUUCAAAAGAAAAAAGGCUCAUGCUGUUUUGGUCAAUUUUACGGAAAAAGCAAUCAAAGAAGUUUUAUUUUUAGUUGACAUCA